CAACACGUCUCUCUCUCUCUCUGCUGUAGCUUUAGUGAUUUGUGCCGAACUGGAGUUUCUUUUGUCCAUUUUUCGUGGAUAAAGAACAUAAAAUGACUUGACCGAGAAAUGCAGCACCGACCUGAGGAGUUUUACAGGAGCUACAAGGCGACAACACAGCGGAUUAAGUCGCGGUAGCUUCUAAGCUACAGGGCCAGGAGCAUGACUGAGCAGCAGGAACAGAGCGAAGAAACCGGCUUGCUCUCAACACAGGACCUGGACCCAUCCAAGGACGACGACACACACGGCCACUUCAGGUUUCACCUGAUUGAAGACCUCUCCUAUGAAGAUGUGAAGAAAUGUUACCGGGGCUCAUGUGUGUCUUGCAGCAGCUUGCUCCAGGCCUUGGAUGUGCGCGAGUGUGUGUGUGUUUACGGUGCCAACGUGCUGAGCCUGGUGCAGAGCUCGCGUCCGUUGAGGGAGAGGGUGGUGUCUGCGGCGAGCGGAGCCGGAGUGGCCGGUGGUGGAGGAGUGGCCGGUGGGGCCGGUGGUGCUGUGCAGGCAGGCCGGUCCACCAAGGAGCUGCUCAUGACUCUGCCCUGUCCCUCUGCACAGACUGUCAGCAAGUACAACUCGCAGUACCACAAACUGUUCCAGUGCGUGCCCAAGGAUGAGAUCCUCAUGAAAGUGUACUCCUGUGCUCUUCUCAGAGAUAUCCUUCUACAAGGUCGGCUCUACAUUUCCAGAAACUGGCUUUGUUUCUAUGCCAACCUCUUCGGCAAGGACAUUAAGGUGGCUAUCCCUGUCGUUUCUGUGAGGCUGGUGAAGAAGCACAAGACAGCGGGCCUUGUGCCCAACGGCUUGGCUAUCACCACAGACACCGGCCAGAAGUAUGUAUUUGUAUCUCUGCUAUCAAGAGACAGUGUAUAUGACGUCCUCCGCAGGAUCUGCACACACCUACAGGUCAAUGGGAAGAGUCUGAGCUUGAAGCAGUUCAUGGAGGAGCCGACCUUAUCGUUGGAUGAGUUUCCGGCUCCAGACGAGUUCCCCGUGGUGGACGAAUUCCCGUCAAUGUUAAAAUGGAGAAGGAAACCCUCAGCGGUGUCUGUGUCCUCCUCCCUUCCUGACCUCCUGGGGAACUCCAGCAGCAUGAGCCCCGCAGACACACCCUUCAAAUCAGAACAGCUGCUAGAAGAACGAGCUCUGCAAACAGACCGAGGUCUUUUAUCAGAGCCAGUCGCAGAGCUGGGCCAGAUGGAGUACCAGCUGCUCAAGUUCUUCACCCUGCUUAUUAUUCUCCUCAUCCUGUCAUCGUGCUACCUGGCCUUUCGUGUAUGCAGUCUGGAGCAGCAGCUUUCCUUCCUCAGUAACCCAAAUCUGCCCCUGAGAGAGAGGUAGCCACUGUUGUCGGCUGUGACCCAUCGGAUUGGCUGCUGUUUUUCUCUUCUCCUGCUUUGAGUUGAAGAUACCCUCCUGCACAGAUCCAGGACCAGCUUUAGAGCACAGAAACAAUAAACCCCCGCAACAGCCGUGAAACGUAAAGGAGCAACAUCAACCUGAGUCCAGGCAUCUUACGGACCUUCUUGCCGUGGAAUGACUUCUUAUUUAGUGAUCACUUCCAGACUAUGCAAACAGACUGUCUAUUUAUUUCUGAAUUUAAAGUAGGUUUUACUGUAGAUUAUGAUUGUCUACCCUGGCCUCUCCCUCUCACAGACAUUUCAUCUUUAACCACAUGACCCUGCAGUGUAAAGCCCUUAACCCUAAAAUGUUUGCGGGCACUGAUGAGGUUUAGGAUUGGUGAUGGAGAGUAGAGGUGAGCUUGGUGUUGGAGGAUGGAAAGGUAAGAGAUAAUUCAACACAUUAAUUACUUGAAAAGACUGAUAGUAAAGAUAUUUCAGGUGAGUGACUCAUACAUUAAUGUCCGACAAAUUCUGACAAGUGGACUAAAAUCAAAAGAUUUUUUUCUGGUGAGAUCUUGCCAUAGCCAUCAGUGGGAUGGCUAAAACUAGCCUUGGGAAAGCACUUUUUAAAAUGUCCACAUUAUUUCAAAUGUAUGUAACUGUUGUAAGACUUUAGAUCCUUUUUUAUGCUAGACGAUAGCUACUCAGUCCGCAUUUUUGAAGGUAUUUAUAGAAGGAAGUAAUGUUAUGACCACAGACACCUGACUGAAUGAUGGUCCCUGUCAUUUAGCUUUAAUAUACUGAAGAAAUAACACCACUUGUGGGUGUUAACCAUAAUGUGAAUGAGAUGGUUAGAUGACAUGCAUUAUUUUUGUUUUUAGUUGUACUAAUCUGCUGUGUGAAAAGGAAAAUCCAGGGUAUGUUUUCUUUUAUGCAUCUCAAAUGAAGUCACCAAAGACUUAAAAAGUGAGGUUCUGAGUGUUCACAUUGUCAUAUCUUUGUCUGAAAUAAUUUUACAAAUUUUCUAGUCAUGGGUGAAAUGUAGUCCUAGAAUAGUUUGUGAAAUUCCUAUUAAUUAAAUAGGCAACAAAAUGAAGAGUAAACAUUUUAGCGGCUUUUAAUUUAUUUUUUGGCCAUUUUUGGUGCCAAGACUUCACUAUCCAACGUUCCAUCCUGUCAUAUUGGUAUUAUAUACUGGACCACCACGAAAAGCCUUGACUCCAACAGCACAGCAAAUUUUUGGUAACCUCUACAACUCAGCCUAAAUUAUACAACUGGAACACGAUGUUGGCAGAAGAACUUAAUGCUUAAUAAAUUACAUAUGGCGUGUUGGCUGUA